GUGCAGCGGAGGCUGCAAAGAGGGGCCAAUUCUUAGCGGUAAAUUUUGUUUUCGUACUGCAAUUCUUCAUCACUUCAUUGAUUUUGGUCACUUAAUUUUGUUCAGUCUGUGCUAUUUUCGAUUCUGGUCACUUAAUUUUGUUCACUCUGCUAUUUUCUUAUAAGGCCUAUAUUUUGUUGGAAGGUGAUCAGCUUCUGAUUUAUCGAUCCUUUGUUGAUUUAGCAAACGAUCAAUUUUGCUCACAUGUUUGGAUUUUGCACAAGGGAUUCUCAAUAAUUUGCCUGUUUCACCACAGCUUUAGACUAAAGAAUUUGGUUGGAUUAGUAUAGUUGUUGACUUAAGGUUUCAGUUUGCCAGAACCAAAAAUGUAGUCUUGCUUAAACACACACAAAAAAAAAAAAAGUAUUCUUCAAAUAUAGCCAAUCCCAUGUAUGAAUUUUUCUUGAGAACUGAGGAUAGUGCUUCUUUAGAUUUCAGUACUCUAAAGUCUAUGGUUUGUUUACUGAGAUGGAAUGCUAUUCCAUUACGUUCAAUAAGCCCCCUUGAAACUCUUUUUUGAUCUCUGAUGGUUUAUAAUAGAGUCAAAUUGCUCAGCUUUAUUCCCUGCUGUUUGGUGGUUUUAGUUUUGAUAUGCAUUUUUUUUUCCAGUUCAUUAAGCUUCAGGUACCUUUGAUGAUGGUUCAAAGUGAUUUCCAAGCUGAUUUAAAAAAUUUGGAGAACUAAACACUAAACGGCUAGUCAUUCACCUGGAACAGUAGCUUUCUUUGGAAUCUGUUUGUUAGAGUUGUGAUAUAAUUACCUGAAUGAAUUGUUGACUAUAGGGUUUCGUGGUGGACCCCCGCUGUUUCCUCUACUGGUGUGAAAGUGAUUUUAUUUGUUGAUAAGAUCUGUAGAGAAUUUUGUGCCAUUGAUGUUCCGAGUGAUGGUUUUGUGGUUUUAAAUUGUCUUGAAUUCAUCUCAGAAUGGAGAAACUGGGUGAAGAGCUAGUCGCUUCUGGCGAGAAUGCUCCUGAGGAUGAGAAGUCUUGUUCAGAUCCUGAAACCGAAUCAUUUUUGUUCCUGCCUCCUGAAACUGUCUUUGAGAUCAUUAGCAGGUUGCCUGUGAAGUCCUUAUUGGUGUUUAAAACUGUUUGUAAACUGUGGUGCUCUAUGAUUGAGGACCGCAAGUUUGUUGAGGUGCAUAUGAAACGCUCGAACACUAUUUAUGUGUGCAAAGAAAAAGGAGACACAAAGGAAUUUGAAUGCCUGGCUGUCAAGGAUGGUCUAUUGGUGGAGAAGCACCGGAUAACAAAGAAGUAUAGGAUCCAAAACCCUGCAACGAAGUAUAAGCUUGAUCUUCCUGACCCGCAUCAUAACCUCAAAUACACAAAGCUCGUUUAUCUUCCAAGCACAGACACUUAUAAGUUGAUCAAUGUCUAUGGCAAGAAAGGAAGUAGACUCGGAGGCUGUGAAGUUCUGUCAAUAGGAACUGAUAUGGCAUGGAGAACCCUUGAUAUUCCUAGCUUUUAUGACCUCAACAGAAGACGAAUGAAAGGGUCAUAUGGUUCUAUAGAUGAUAGAUUCUACUACAUGAGGUUUUCUAGUCACCAAAUUGUCUGCCUUGAAAUGGAUAGUGAGUCCUUCAAAAUUUUGAAGGUUCCCCAAGCUCUCUUCCAAAGUUGGGAUAGCGUUGUACCUAUUAGCUGGGACAAGAAGUUAUCCCUGGCAAAAGUUUUAGGGCUUGAGCUUCAUGUGUGGGUUCUGGAAGAUUACAAGAAGCAAACAUGGGGCGAAAGAAAGAGAAUCAUUUCUUUGUCAUUCUUGAGCAAUUAUCCGAACAUAACAGAGAAGCCGAAACCACGCACCUUUAGUAAGGGUCGGUUGCAAUUUCGCUCACACGAGGAUCAUAGAAUAGCCUAUUAUGUUGAAUCUGGAAAAGUACACAUCAAAUAUGUGCCGGAAGGAGAGAAGAUUGAUUACAUUAUGCACCACACGCUUGUGAAUCCGUUAGGGGUUGAGACAAACAGGACAAACAAAAAUGCAGGAGUAGUCUAAAGUUUGCAUCAUUGGAGGAUUUUCUUUGAUGGUGCAGAUUGUGAUGUGACUGCUGAACUUGGCAGUGUAAAGAACUAGUCGAGAUGUAAGCAGGUGUCCUGUAUCUGUAUAUUACCUGCCAUUUGAAAUGAACUCUGUAAAAUCUUGAAUUUGGGUUUCAAACAAGCCUAAAUGUUUACUAUCAGCUUGCUGGACUGGAUUCUUGAUUCCGAAUACCUACUUGCUUCAUCUUUUAAUGCUGCAUCAUCAAUGAUAUGAUUCAAACCUACAAUCAGCUUCUUUGUACCGGGACUGAUCAGCCGGCCUUGGAGUUAUAAAACAGUACUAAAAUCGGUUGAGCUUAGCUUGUGAUACUUUCGGGCUUAAGAAGAUAGCAUUUGAUCAUUGUUACAAAUAAGUUGAUUCUUGAUAGAGUUUUAUCAUCGUACAAAAAAUAGAGAA